AUUGGCGUUUUGAUUUUUUGGCGUUUUUUGCGUUUCCUGGCGUUUUGACUUUGGCGUUUUUUGGCGUUCUGAUUUUUUUGAGAUUUUGAGUUUUUGGCGUUUUGACUUUUGUGUUUUGGGUUUUUGGCGUUUCGAUUUUUUGCGUUUCAUUUUUUUGGCGUUCUGGUAUUUGGGCGUUAUGAUUUUUGGCAUUUCGUCUUUUGGCGUUUUAGUUUUUUGAUGUUUCGGAGUUUUUGGCGUUUUGUAUAUUUUUUAAUUUUUGCGCACAUCCUUAAAUUCUUAAAGAUAUUCUUUGUUUGUUUUAAAAAUCAGAAUUUUCUUUUUUUCAGAACUUUUUUCUUUUCACUUAAAAAUUCUUUUCUUCUUUUUAAAUGGAUUCCCAAGAACAAUUUCAACUAGAACCUAUAAAACUAGCUGUAAUAAUUAAUUUUUUGGUAUUUGCUGGAUUUUCUAAUUGGGUAGCUCUUGCAUAUAUACAUGAUUUUAUUGGAAGGAAUCCUCUUCCAGAUAUCAUUUUCCAUUUUAUUGAUGAACAACCUUGGGCCAUUCCCCUCGGUGAUUUUAUGGUUAUGUUGUGCUCAAUUUCUUUAAUUUUGUUAUUUAUUUUUCACAAACACAGAAUUGUGGUUAUUAGAAGAAUACUUUUUAUUAUUGCUUGUUUGUAUUCUUUUAGGACGGUUAUGAUGUUAGUAACCCAACUACCAGCAGGGUAUAAAAACAACGAAGUGCGUUGUCGACCUUCAAUAAAUAAAAUAAAUAGAACUUUAUCAAUUUACUUAAUAAGAACAUUAGAACAAACAAUACAUGUUGGAUUACAAGAUAAUUCAAAACAAAUGCUUUGUGGCGAUUUUUUAUUCUCUGGGCAUACUUUAAUUAUGGUGAUUUCAGCCCUUUCAAUAUCCAAAUAUAUCGAUAGAAGAUUUAAAUAUAUAAAAUGGUUUCCUUUUUGUUUUGCUUUGAUAGGCAUUCCAUGUAUGGUUAUUAGCAGGUUUCUUUUAAUUUUGAAUUUAUUGAGAAAAAUUUUUCGGGAUAAAUUUUUGAAUUUUCUGAGGAAGUUUUUUAUGGAGUAAAGGGACGUCUGGGCGCAAAAUUGCAAAGGCGCGGAAUUUAAUUUUUGAAAAAAAUUUUUUUUAAUUUU